CUCUUGUCAGGAACAGGAGCCACACCUCACAGGAGAUCCUGCUCCAGUCAGCACGGGGAGGUAGCACCAGAGCAGGUGAAACCAGGUCAGCGAGUCACUGUGAGCAUUACAGCCCAACACAUCAUCACCAUGAAGACAGUCUUCAUAGUGAUCCUCUCCGUCACAUAUGGUGUGCUGCUGACGACAGCUCACAGCCGUUGGAAGCGACACCUGGACCAGUUGGGGAGUAUGAUCGAGUGUCGGGUUGGGGGGGGCCGCUGGCUCUCUCGCCUCGAUUACUUUGAUUAUGGAUGUUACUGUGGAUUCGGGGGACAUGGCCGCCCACUGGAUGCUGUCGACCGUUGUUGUUGGCAGCAUGACCUGUGUUACGGGAAGAUUGAAUCGGAUGGGAAGUGCCGAUGGUUUGAGUAUCCGUACUGGACACAGUAUUCAUGGAGUUGCCACCGAGGACACUCGCUGACCUGUUCUGAUCCCAAGAAUACCUGUGGCCGUGAAAUUUGUAAAUGUGAUAAGCAGCUGGUGGAUUGCUUUUCCAAAGCUAGUUAUGAUCCUGAGCUGAGGAGCAUCAAUAAAGCUGAGAAGUGUAAGCCCUAAGCAGACAGCACUGUGCAGCCCCACCAGGCCAGGCAUUUGGUGCAGCUUUUACUGAAGGAGACACAAACGGAUUCACCAAACUCAGAGAAAAGUCAAGGGACGACACACAGCAGCCAAAACCAACAUCGUUCACACCUCAAUGUUUAAGACGAAUCGUAUAGAAUAUCCCAUGGAGAGAGGCAGCAGACAAAGAGAUGGACACAAAGUGGAAAUAGGUCUGAUCCAACAA